AUGAGAACGACGACAGUCUUCUGUACACUGUCUGUAUUCUACGGUGCCUUGGCUUUUUACCUGCCCGGCUUGGCACCCGUGAAUUAUUGUAAGGCCGGUGACACCUUAGAAACCUGCAAGUCUGAAAUAAAGUUAUAUGUCAAUCGGCUGAAUACAGAGAAGUAUGUUAUACCUUAUGAGUACAGUCACUUUGACUUCUGCACUGUAGAAGAUGAGCAGUCACCGGUUGAAAAUUUGGGACAAGUUGUAUUUGGAGAACGCAUACGGCCAUCUCCAUACAUUUUGGACUUCUUAAAAGAUGUCAAAUGUGCUAAAACAUGUGUUAAAACAUAUAUAGGUGAUGCAUCUUCAGAGAAAAAGCUGCAAUUAUUGAGAAAAGGAAUGGCAAUGAAUUAUCAACAUCACUGGAUUGUUGACAACAUGCCAGUGACGUGGUGUUAUCAGCUAGAGGAUGAACGACAAUAUUGUAGUACUGGCUUCCCCAUGGGUUGCUAUUCCAAAGAACCUAAGUCACAGCAAGAUACUUGCACUAUACAUGGUCCAUAUAACAAACCAAACACUUAUUACCUGUUCAAUCAUGUAAACCUCACCAUAACUUAUCACAGUGGUGCUACGGAGGAAUGGGGUUCAGGCUUUAAGGAGAACGGCGGUCGUAUUAUAUCUGUGAAAGUUGUACCUCACAGUAUUAAGCAUACUGGCACAGUCGAUUGUGAGAGUCAAAUACCACUGGAAAUACCACCCAGUGCGCUUCCAGUUGGACAAACGUUCCAAGUUACGUACACGUAUUCCGUAAAAUUCGUGAGGAAUAACACAAUCAAAUGGUCAUCUAGAUGGGAUUACAUUUUGGAAUCGAUGCCACAUACAAAUAUUCAGUGGUUCAGUAUUCUCAAUUCGUUGAUAAUUGUUCUGUUCCUUUCUGGCAUGGUGGCUAUGAUAAUGCUCCGUACUCUGCACAAAGAUAUCGCACGAUACAAUCAGGCCUACUUCCAGAUAGAAUCAGGAGAAGACGCGCAAGAGGAAUUCGGAUGGAAAUUGGUGCACGGUGAUGUGUUCCGCCCUCCGCGCAAAGGAAUGCUCCUUUCUGUGCUCCUUGGGUCUGGUGUUCAAGUGUUCUUCAUGACAUUGGUCACGCUAGCGUUCGCUUGUCUGGGUUUCCUUUCCCCGGCUAACAGAGGUGCCCUGAUGACCUGCGCGAUGGUGUUGUACGUCUGCCUGGGAACUACCGCGGGAUACGUGGCCGCACGGAUAUACAAAAGCUUCGGAGGAGAGAAAUGGAAGUCCAACGUGUUACUGACGUCCAUGCUGAGCCCUGGAAUCGUGUUCAGCUUAUUUUUCAUGAUGAACUUGAUAUUCUGGGUGAACGGGAGCUCGGCCGCGGUACCUUUCAGCACUCUGAUCGCAUUGCUGGCAUUGUGGUUUGGUGUGUCGGUGCCAUUAACGUUCAUCGGCGCUUACUUCGGCUUCAAGAAAAGGGCUCUGGAGCAUCCAGUGAGGACGAAUCAGAUCCCCCGACAGAUACCGGAGCAGAACUUUUAUACGCAACUGAUACCCGGAAUUGUCAUGGGUGGCGUUUUACCAUUCGGUUGCAUAUUCAUACAACUAUUCUUCAUACUUAAUUCCCUCUGGUCGAGUCAAGUGUACUACAUGUUCGGUUUCCUCUUUUUGGUUUUCCUUAUACUCGUCAUCACAUGUUCCGAGACGACGAUUUUACUUUGCUACUUCCAUCUUUGCGCAGAGGAUUACCACUGGUGGUGGCGCAGCUUUCUUACGUCCGGCUUUACCGCUGUCUACUUGUUAAUUUAUUGUGUACACUUCUUCUUCACUAAAUUAGAUAUCGAAGGCGCCACUUCUACGUUCCUGUACUUUGGAUAUACAUUUAUUAUGGUUCACUUAUUCUUCCUUCUAACAGGUUCAAUUGGUUUCUUCGCCUGCUUUUGGUUCGUGCGAAAAAUUUACAGUGUUGUGAAGGUUGACUAAAUGAAAACUAAAUGAUGGCGAGAACAAUGUCUGUAUGAUAAGUGUGGAUAUGAACGAGUGAAACUGUUCAUAAUGGGAAUGAACGAUAGUCGGUAUUACGCGAAUCUACAUUAUAAAAGGAAAAAUGAAAACGAAAGGAAGUGUAACACGACGGUAACGGGCAAACGCAAUGGUGCCGCUGACCGACCUGUUAUCGCCGCGAGAUAUUAUCUCGAGUAUCGUCGAAUAAUGAUAAUAAUUUAUUUUGUUAACGCGCACGGAAGAUUGCAUUUCGAAGGACGAUACCGCUCGGCGUCAUGAUCGACUAUCUGUCAUUCUACGGAAGUAUUCUCCGGAAUAACAUCACAGCAUGUGUCGCGCGUGUCGAUGAUGUAUGUUUUAGAUAUUCGUGAAAAAUAUCUACCGCGCAUAAGCACUACUUAUUUGAUUUCAUUCUUUCGUUCUUUCGAAAUUCUUGGCCUACGUCGAGAAAUGCGUAUGUCCGUGCGGCGUGUAGCACGUCCCGGACUUGAACCGACGUCUAACGCCAGAUAGGUAUUGAUCGUAUCGAUUGCUAUUCGUACUUUUACCGGUUUAUCAGCGUACCUAACAUCCAUGCGUAAAAUUCGAUAGCAGUACUUGAUUGUAACGAUGUACAUAUUAAUUUCUCCCGAAUUUACUCGCGUGAGAUAUUCGUUUUUUUUCAAAUUAUAAAUAUAUACAAACAAUAAGAAUGUACAAAUUGAAGAUUAAUCAUUAAAUCUGACGUACUUUCCGUUA